AUGAAGAGGAAACAGAAGCGGUUUCUGCAAAUGACGCUGCUCUUCAGCGCGGCUCUCAUUUUCCUGCCCGACAUCGGCCUCUGGGCUCUCUACAAGGAGAAGCACCUGGUGAAGCCCGCCGAGCCCGCCGAGCCGCAGACAGUUCCUUUGGGGCUGGGAGAUGGACAGCUGUUCACCUGGACUGAUGGCUUGAAAAGGAAGGACUGGCAUGAUUAUGAAAGUAUUCAAAAAGAUGCCAUGCGUUCAGGGAAAGGUGAACAUGGAAAACCGUACCCUCUCACAGAGGAAGACCAUGAUGAUUCUGCUUAUAGGGAAAAUGGCUUCAACAUAUUUGUUAGCAACAAUAUAGCACUGGAGCGAUCCCUGCCAGACAUCCGACAUCCUAACUGUAAGCACAAGGUGUACUUGGAAAAGCUACCAAAUACUAGCAUAAUUAUCCCAUUUCAUAAUGAAGGAUGGACUUCACUCUUGCGAACAAUACACAGUAUUAUCAACCGCACUCCAGACAGCCUGAUAGCAGAAAUCAUUCUUGUGGAUGACUUCAGUGACAGAGAACAUUUAAAAGAGAAGCUGGAGGAAUACAUGGUCCGUUUUGCCAAAGUGAGGAUUGUACGUACCAAGAAACGAGAAGGGCUCAUUCGGACCAGACUGCUAGGAGCCUCGCUGGCUAGAGGAGAAGUCUUGACAUUUCUGGAUUCCCAUUGCGAAGUCAACGUGAAUUGGCUGCCUCCCUUGCUUAACCAGAUUGCACUAAACCACAAAACCAUCGUGUGUCCUAUGAUCGAUGUCAUUGACCACAAUCACUUUGGCUACGAGGCACAGGCGGGGGAUGCCAUGCGAGGAGCUUUUGACUGGGAAAUGUACUACAAAAGAAUCCCGAUUCCUCCAGAGCUCCAGAGAGCUGAUCCCAGCGACCCCUUUGAGUCUCCUGUGAUGGCUGGAGGUCUAUUUGCUGUUAACCGAAAAUGGUUUUGGGAGCUGGGAGGCUAUGAUCCAGGAUUAGAAAUAUGGGGAGGAGAGCAGUAUGAAAUCUCUUUUAAGGUGUGGAUGUGUGGAGGUGGCAUGUUUGAUGUUCCAUGCUCUAGAGUUGGGCAUAUCUACAGGAAGUAUGUCCCUUAUAAAGUCCCUUCUGGAACCAGCCUAGCACGCAACCUGAAGCGUGUGGCAGAGACAUGGAUGGAUGAGUUUGCAGAGUACAUUUACCAGCGACGGCCUGAGUACAGACAUCUCUCAACUGGUGAUAUCUCUGCCCAGAAGGAACUGCGCAAGCACCUUAAAUGUAAAGAUUUCAAGUGGUUCAUGGCUGCAGUGGCUUGGGAUGUCCCCAAAUAUUACCCUCCUGUGGAGCCUCUACCUGCUGCCUGGGGGGAGAUUCGAAACGUAGCAGCCAAUCUCUGCGUGGACAGUAAACAUGGAGCCACGGGGACUGAGCUGAGGCUGGACAUUUGUGUGAAGGAUGGCUCAGAACGGACAUGGUCGCAUGAACAGCUCUUCACCUUCGGCUGGAGAGAAGACAUCCGCCCUGGGGAGCCACUUCACACCAGGAAGUUCUGCUUUGACGCCAUCUCGCACAGUAGCCCUGUCACACUGUAUGACUGUCACGGGAUGAAGGGAAACCAGCACUGGAGCUAUAGGAAGGACAAAACUUUGUUCCAUCCGGUAAGCAGCAGCUGCAUAGAUUGCAACCCAGCUGAAAAGAAGAUUUUCAUGAACAGAUGUGAUCCUUUAUCUGAAACUCAACAGUGGAUUUUUGAACAUAUUAAUACAACUGUUUUAGAAAAAUUUAACAGCAAGGCCAGUUCCUAGGGAAAAAAAAAUGAACACACCCAGUUACAUACAGCCUGCAGACUACAUUUUCGCCAGCAUCUGGGUCAAAGGAGUCAGGAAUUAAAUUUCCUAGAUCCAGGAAGUCUGUCCUGAGGAUUAAGAAAAUGCCACAGCAAGAGCCAGCAGGCUGUCCUUGUGGAUGUACAGUAUCUGAAGAACUUGGCUAGGAGCCUCACCGGAUGCUGCUGAGAACUUCAGGCUGAAAACUCCCUUGCUGGUCAAGGGAAAACUUUGUUUAAGAACUGUUUAAAAGUACUCCAAGUUAAUAAAGUAAAACAAAACUCUAGAGUUUCUCAGGUCAAGUCCUGCCGUAGUGAGUAGUUCAGAACAGAUGGUAUAAUUCGGGAUGGGUAUAUGGUGUGCAUGACGGCUACAGGAACCUGAAGAAAUCCCAGGUUUUAGAACUAAACAUGCUGGUGGAAGAAUAAUGAUGUCCCAGCACUCCCCAGACAAGAUAUAUGCUCUGUUGAUAUUCCCUUAAUAAAAGGUUGGGUUAAGCAGGUUUAACCCUCAGAACUGCUGCAAUUAAUUUUAAAUACCUCCCUUUUACAUUCCAUUCAUUACCAAAAUAGGAAUGGUAGAAAUCUUAGGGUCUAGAAUAACACUGUAGUGAAGCAUGAAAUAAACUGUAAGAUUUUGUCCUCAUAUUUCUCCCCUUCAGUUGGGGAAAAAA